GUAUGGUACUGUAGUGUAGAUGGACAAUUGGAAGAGCUGGGCACCAUCCGACUCUCUCUGCCCAUCCCUUCCAAUACUCGUACGGUGGUGCUAGCACCGGGGAGUCUUGGAUGUAGUAUACAGCACAGUGCAGAACGGUAUCUACGGUACGGCACCCUUGGACUCGUUAUCCGCGGUGAGGUACCGGUACGACCCCCGACACGUAUGAAGGGACUCAGCUUUUCCUGCGGGCUCUCUUAAGUCUGAGGCUCUGUAUGCACGCCAAUCCGCUGACGGGAAAGGCCAGCAAAUAACUACCGGUAAAUUGGCCAAGGGGUGGAUGCAUUCCUCGAAAGUACGGUACAAGUAUUGAGUGCCGCACAGUGCAAGGAUAACAGGCCGUAGACAUGGCUCAGCCUUGCCACCAUAUCCAACUUUCCAACCAAUGACGUGCGGGGUGGGGAACCUCUCCUCCCCCAGAAUCAGCCGCAAGGCAGCCUGUUAGGUGCCUGGCCUUUUACUUUUUUCUGCAUACAUAAUCCCCCUCCCCCGGCUUUGCAUGCUUUCCCUGAUUUCUCUUCUUCUCCUUUCUUCCCCUUGGUUCACGGUAAAGUCCUCAACAUCCGACCGUUGGAAUUCAUCGUUGUCAAACGAACAAACAUACAGGCAAACAAGCAAAACCCAUCCGGUCCCUAACUCAAGCCAUCAUACCAUACCGGCAUAGUGAUGGUGCGUAUUUUUGCCGCCGCAAACUUUGGGGGGAAACUAAUUUGUUUUGCAGCGCAGUCAACGACGCUCCAGACAGCAGGGCGGUGGCGAGGGUGCUUUACGCCGGAAGCUGGUGAUUGUUGGUGAUGGUGCCUGCGGAAAGACUUGCCUUUUGAUGCGCUUCAGCAAGAACACCUUCGACCCCGACGGAUACAUCCCGACCGUGUUCGAUAAUUAUGUGGCCGACGUACACCUACCCGACGGGCGAAACGUCGAAUUAGCAUUGUGGGAUACGGCCGGCCAGGAGGACUACGAUCGCCUCCGCCCAUUAUCCUAUCCGGACUCCCAUGUGAUAUUGAUAUGCAUUAGUAUCGAUUCACCCGACUCCCUACAGAACGUCUACGAGAAAUGGAUUCAAGAGGUUAGACACUUUUGCCCAGGGCUUCCGGUUGUGCUGGUGGGGUGCAAGAAGGAUCUACGAAACGACGAGAGAACAAAGAGACGGUUGUGGGAGGAGGAAGGCGGAAAGAGGCCAUUGACCGAGGAGGACGGAAGGAACGCGGUAAAGCAGUUAGGCCUGACGACCUAUAUCGAGUGCUCGGCUAAGACCAACGAUAACGUGAAGCCGGUGUUUGAGGAGGCUACUAGGGUUGCACUGAACAGUUCCAAGCGAAUCCCAAACCGAGGGGGGUGCACGAUAUUGUGAUUGUGUGUGAUUUUCCGAAAGUUGUUGUCGUUUGGUUUUUUUCUUGGGGGGGGGGGGGACGGGGUUUUCUUAAGCAUGUGAGAGGGAUCGCGCGGAGGAUUGUGUUCUUUAUCUGUUGGUUGGUUCGCGAGAUGAUAACUGAAAGUAGUUUACCCAUCAUGUUGUUUUUUUUUUCCCUUUUUCUUUUGAUGGUCACCAUUUGUUUACUCUGUAACUAGCAUAAUUACCGGUAGUAGGUAUCAACUUGCUGUCGUGAACUCAAA